AUGAUUCCAGACUUGUGUGUGUGUGUGUGUGUGUGUGUGUGUGUAUUACAGCUGGAUAAGAGUGAGGUGUCGACGUUGCCUUUGCCCCCCUCAGUGCCCCAUGGCGGCUCAGAGGGGAACAUCAGCGUGGAGGGGGCGGGGUCUGUGUUGGGGGCGGGAUCAUGGCAGGGGGAGGGCCCAGGGGAGGGGCAGCGAACACGCGCUGCUUUGGAACACCUGCAGCAGAAGAUUCUGAAGAUCACAGAGCAAAUCCGUGUGGAACAGGAGGCGCGCGACAACAACGUGGCCGAGUAUCUGAAACUCGCUCACAACGCCGACAAACAGCAAGCAUCACGCAUCAAACACGUCUUCGAGAAGAAGAACCAGAAAUCUGCACAAACCAUCGCACACCUGCACAAAAAACUCGAACACUACCACAAAAAGCUCAAAGAAAUCGAGCAGAACGGUUUGGCGCGUCAGCCCAAAGACGUUUUGCGGGACAUGCAGCAGGGCCUGAAGGACGUUGGAGCCAAUGUGCGGGCCGGCAUCAGUGGCUUCGGAGGAGGCGUGGUUGAGGGUGUGAGGGGUGGAGUCUCUGCACUCAUACGCAACAAGUUCGGCAGUGCAGACAACAUCACCCACCUGAAGGACAGUUUAGGACCUGGACAUACAGAGGACACGCCCCCUCGUGCACUCAGUGGCAGUGCCACUCUCGUGUCCAGCCCCAAGUAUGGCAGUGACGAUGAGUGCUCCAGUGGUACCUCCGGGUCUGGGGCUGGGAGCAAUUCUGGAGUAGGUGGGGCCAUCUGCAUGGGCAGCCCACGAAUGGAUGGACACCAUCAUCAUCAUCAUCAUCACCAUCAUCACACGUCUGCAUCAUGGGAUGCUCUGCUGGAGGGACUACAGGAGAUCAAAGCCAGUCAAGUGCAGAUGGAGGACGCAAUGGAGGACAUGAAGACACAACUACAGAGUGACUACUCCUACAUGACCCAGUGCCUGCAGGAGGAGAGAUACAGGUACGAGCGUUUGGAGGAGCAGCUAAACGACCUGAGUGAACUCCAUCAAAACGAACUGAGCAACCUGAAACAGGAGCUGGCCAGCAUGGAGGAGAAGGUGGCCUACCAGUCAUAUGAGAGAGCUCGAGACAUACAGGAGGCAGUGGAGUCAUGUCUGACACGUGUCAGUAAGCUGGAGUUGCAGCAGCAGCAGCAGCAGGUGGUGCAGUUGGAGGGUGUGGAGAACGCUAACGCUCGCGCUCUGCUCGGGAAGCUCAUUAGCGUGCUGCUAGCUCUCAUGGCCGUGCUGCUCGUCUUUGUCUCCACGGUGGCCAACUUCAUCACCCCGCUCAUGAAGACCCGCACCCGCAUCGCCUCCUCUGUCGCCUUCACCCUCUUCCUCAUCACGCUCUGGAAGCACUGGGACUGGCUCGAACUCUGCUUCCUGUCUGCCUGAGUCACAUGACCUCAGAGCCCCGCCCCCUGCUGCAGCGUCUGUGAAGAACUGAUGAAGCUCCUCACAUGAACACUGCUUCUACCACACAGUAAGUGGGACACGUCCCAUUUACACCAGAUCUGCUGUGUUUGGUCCAUAUCUGGAGUUCAGCACUAAAACACUCCGAUUUAACGCCUCAGAUUUACAUUCCGUAUUUUUCGGACUAUAAGACGUGUUUUCUUGCCUGCUAUCAUUUUAGAUUUAACCGAAUAUUAGGUUGCAUAUUUAUUUGUGUAUUUACGGUAGGUGUGAUGUUCCAGCAGUUCAAGGAUGGUUAAAGGUUCGGGUUCACUACUUAUACUAAAAACCUUCAGUAGCAGAAAUGAGCAUUAUUGUAGCCGGUGGUCGAACCAUACUGGACCUCCUGGGGUCCCAUAGCAUCGUGCACACUGGACACAGAUCUAAUCUCCACAGCAGAGUGAACAGGAUUGACCUGAUCUGAAUUAUUAACUCAUUUGAGCUUUACGUUUAACUUUAAAUUGUGUUCAGUUGGUCAAAUCUGCAGUAAGGUGGCUAGCGUCUUUCGGCAUGCUAGUUCUACUUUAACACAAUGCAGCGCUGCAUAGAUAUGAAUACCAAGAUAUCGCGUUUGCUAUUGAUCGCUGUUUAGAAGAGCGAGAUCUGCCAUAUUGGCACUCUACACUAUGAACACACAAUUAGAACUGCAGCGUCUAUUAUGUCAUUGAAUAAUUAACUGUGAGAAGAAUCCAGUGUUUUAUUUGGACUUUGGACUGCAAUGAAUAAAGUUUGUUGUACAAAAUAAGCAUUUCCAAGACUGUUAUCAGCAGUAGUGUUUAGUAAUGACGCGAUAUUAUCAGACUUUGUCAAGUUGAAUCUAAGCCUUACGUGUCUAGUAACAGCCUUGUGUCUAAGUGCAUGAUGUCAACAGCUAUAAAGUCUAUACUACUCGUGCACAUGUUCCAGUAACGAUCGUGAUCAACAACAGGUCAAUGACUCUAUACCGCUCCAACAUGGCAGCAUUGCAGCAUGCAGCAUAGGACAAUGCAUCACAGCCAGCCAAUGCAGUAUCCAGGUAUUUGCAGUCAUGUGAAAAAAUAAGUACACCCCUUGGAAAUUGUUUGUUUUUAAAAAAAUAUAUAUAUAUAUAUAUUUGGACAAGCAAACAUCUGAUCCUCUUUGAAACGGUGUCUCUUAAUAAAGUUGACAUACUCUAUCAAAUGACAUAAAAUUUUAGUAAUUUUCCCAAUUUAAAUGAACAAAAAACAGAUCAGUCACAUGGAAAAAGUAAGUACACACCUACAUUUAUCACACUUUUCAAAUCCAUAAAAUUAGAACCUGCUUAGGGUGCAGGUGGAACCGGACUUAUUUAUACCUCUCAUAUCUAGUGUCUGGCGUUCUCUUUGUUAUUGAGGUGUGUGGAGUCAUCAUGCCAACAGCUAAAGAGUUCUGUAAGGUUAAUAAUUUCAUUACAAGAUCUGCUAGUAAGUCGUGAGGUCAUCUGUCAAAAAGUUGAACCAAAAGUGGACCUUUCACUUGAUGAUCCUAAGCACACGAGCAAAUCCGCAGAGGAACGUCUCAGAAAGAAGAAAUGGAGGGUUACGGAACGGCCGAGUCAAAGCCUGGAUUUGAAUCCCAUUGAGAUGUUGUGGGCGGAUGUGAAACGUGCAGAACAUGCAAGAAAACCCUCAAACAUCUUACAGCUGAAAGAAUAUUACAUGGAAGAGUGUUCAGAAAUUCCAGCAGGCCUGGUGGACAAGUAUACAAAAUGCCUACAAGAAGUUAUUUCUGCUAAAGGGGGCAAUACUAGCUUCUGAGGCCAAGGGUGUACUUACUUUUUUUCACAGAAGAAUCACACAUCUAUUGACAUUUCUGUUGAAUAAAUUAUUUAAAAAGCUCAUUUUUCUUGUGGGUUUGUUCAACUACAUCAACUUUAUUAAUAGGCGCCGUUUCAAAGAGGAUCAAAUGUUCACUCGUCCAAAUAUGUCAAAAAAGCCAUCAAUUUCCAUGGCGUGUAUUUAUUAUGACUGUUUAUCCAUGCAGUGCUGAGCUACAGCAACACUAACACUAGGGGGCGCUGAAACACAGUUUAGACCGAGUACCACCAUGAUGUAAAAUAAAUGAAUGCAACUUAUAGUCCAGGAAAUACGGCAGGUGUGUUAGAGACCAUACAGUACCUGAGACAAAUUAGCUUUACACUCUUUCAUCUGACCUUCUGAAAGAGAAGAAAGGAUGAUGAACACACAGAAAGGGCGUCUAUAUAUUUUUUCACCUUUCAACAGGAUUGAAUGUUGUUGCAUGAGAGGAGACAUGUCAGGAUUUUGUGCUAUCUGUGUGUGAAGUGGCGAGGACAGAUUUAAGGUUAAACACUUGACGUUUUCUGCAUUUUGUCUCUUUGUGUUCUGAUAAAGUCUCGGCUUUCAUACUGUGUCGAUAUUGUGGUGACAUACAGACACUAAAUAUGGCCAUGAAGCACCUAAACAGAAUGCAGUGUUAGCUGUAGAGGCUAGCGGGCCACGCAAUGUGUCGAUCAUUAACCCUGCACUUUAGCGCUACCUCUCUAGCAGCAGCUAAACGACUACAAAAUGUGUUAACAAGCAAACUAGUGCUAAGGAAAUUAUUGUAUUCUGUAGUUAAACCCAGUAGCCAUGUUUGCUAGCAAGAUAUCCACUUAACCAGCUGGCAGGACAUCACACUAGCAUAAAUUAACCACUUCUAAUCAUUCCAUAUGUUUGAAUAAAAAUGGCACCGUAUUGUUUUUUUGUUGUGUUGUUGACUUGUGUUGCAAUGUUUAAGCAAAACUUGUUUAAUUGCGUUAGCAGUUGAUUCUAAGUGUAAUUUGCCAACACAUCUGAGGUAAAUGUUGAUGUUCCGGAUAGUUCUGUGUCGUUCAACUCUCACUGUGUCUUUAUAUUUUUCUCUUUUGUCUCAAACACUUGCUUUCUAGCAAAAUUGUUAGCCUCGGUUUUUAGCUAGCUUUUGCUUGAGGACUGCAUUUUCUAGUAGCCUAGUAACAGUUUUGAUCACACCACUACAUUACAUGCAAUAUCUUGGCUAAUAUUUAGAGUACAGAUAAUAAUGUAAUAUUGGAAUCAGCAGAAAGCCGAGACUUUUGACUCCACAGCGAUGGCAGUCAUGUGUUUUCCUGAAUGUUUACGUUUUCAUUCACGUUUACAUCCACCACAAUGAUGAUGCUGCCACCGAGUUCGUCCCGCAUCACGUCAACUGUUUUAUAAAGUUUAUAUUUGUGUCCAUCGAUUACAAAAGAGCCAAACCAUAUUGUAUUUGUCUUUCGCUUUACUGAGAGCACUGCUAAAGGAACGGCCCGGGAGAACUCUCGGUUCCUCAGAGCUCUGAUCAAUAACACUGUCCAUCAUGGCUGUUUUCUAACCGCAGUAUUGUACAGUCACACUUCACCAUCAGCAUGUUCACUCACUUUUCAUAUUUAUACCCUGUUUGCAGAAUUCCACCCAAUACUGCACAGUAUUAUCUUAAUAAACACCUUUACAAACCUG